CUUACACCGCCCACUGGAUAAACUUUAGAUAAAUUGGGCGCCGAGUUUCCUUAAUGUUAUCCGAUAUUCUUUUUUCAAAGAAAACAUGGCUGGAGAUUCCCGUAAAGAAUUUAUACUGACAUCUGUAGUUAAUCAUUUCAACGUCCAGCCGAAAGAUAACGAUGUCUUGUACCAGAGUGAAAGCCUCAAUAACUUCCUUGAUGAUGAGAGUACAACCAUCUUGUCUUGUUAUGUUAAAAGCAACACAAAGCAAAUAUUGUUCAACAAUAGCGUUGACAGAGUACCGUCAGAGGUUUUAAUAUUCUUCAAGCUAAGACUGGAAGUUAUAACUCCUGAUAACCUACACAAUAACAUCUGUAUCUCUUCCAUCAUUGAUUCCCCUUUCAAUACAUUCUACCAUGUCAUCAAAAGCCUUUAUGCCCCAGUAUUUCUUGAGGACACAAACUGGAAUCAGCUGAUGGACCCUCAACUCCAGAAACUGCUUGCUGAACUUAUUGCUGGUCUGAAAUCUUCCUUGAGAAAACAGAAUCUUUCUUCUGGAGACAAAAAGGAUGCAGAUCUUGAUGAAGACAAUUUUGGAGGAAUCAUCACACCUGAAGACGAAUUUCAAUUUUGGAAUGAUGUUAGUGUUUCAAGUCACUCACCUGAAGAUUGCAAGAGAGCUAAAUACUUCCAAGAGCUAUUCCAACCUAUCAGCAAAGAUUAUGGUAACGGUUUAGACUGCCUGGAAAUGCAAAAUGUUCUGGAGCUGAUUGAAGCAACUCAAGAUAUUCUGGAUGAUGUUUGGAAGCAGACUGAAUUUGAACCUGUGUAUCCAGAAAAACGAAUGAGACAUUUAAUGGAAGUUAUUGCAUCUUCCAUUGCUCGCUACGUGAAGAAGAGACUUGCAGAUGAAGACAUUUGGUACGGCUGUUACUCGAAAGUGUGUCAAAUUCUUCAGUCUGGCAUUAACAUCUGCGAGUCUUGGAUUAACAUCUGUGAAUCUUUCACUGUCCACUUGUGGAAACGAUAUGUUCAACAUCCAUGGUCUGGCAGCAAAUUUGUUCCGGCUGACCUUUCACAACUUGCUGAAAGAAUAAAUGAGGUCCUGACUCUUCGUUCAAUCCAUGAACAACUGACGCACUUGCUCACUUCCCAGGAGCAACAGGAACUGAACAUGUCGCAGGUAUUCCGGUCGUUUACUGGUCUUAACCCCAUUCUCUACAAUCCGUUCACCAAACCACUUUGGGACGCUGCAGUGGUACAGUUCAACCGAGUGCUGUCCCCCAUCGAGCAGAAAGUAGCCUCUGUCCUGAAACGCCACAUUCAAGAUGUGGAAGGAAACUUACAACAGCUUCUAUGGGAAUUCCACCAUUACAAAGAACUGAUUAAGAGGCCUGCAAUCAGCAAGGAGAUGCUCUCACAACGAGAAACUCUCCUUGCACAGUUAACUCGCAGCAUCAAGCAAAUCAAUGAAGACUUUAGUGCUCGCACUAAUACUGUUGACAAACCAAAUGUUCCCAGGGGUAAGAACCUACCAAACAUUGUGAAUGUUAUAAUAUAUGUACGACAGCUUGAGGCAAGGGUGGAAGAUAGCAUAAACAUGACUAAUGCUGUGUUAAAUGACUUGAGCAAUUAUGAAGCCUUCAAGAGAAAUGCUAAUGAAACACUGAAUGAUUUGAAGUCCUGGCGCAAGGAUCAUUUUGAAGAUUGGUCUAGCCAAAUGUCAGAUAUGAUCAACAGCCGUAGUCAACCCCUCAGCCUUUCUAUAAACAGCUGUAUCAUGGAACUGAAAAGUGACAAACUGAAAGUGAACUACGACGAGAGGCUGGUCACUCUUCUGCGAGAAGUUCGAAUGCUCUCAGCACUCGGGUUUACAAUCCCAAGAAAUAUUCAAGAAACAGCAAAAACUGCUAAGAAAUUCUACAGGCAUGGAAUCGUUUUGGAACAGGUUGCUCACUUCUAUAAUACCAUUGACCAACAGAUGAUAAUGUCACAGAAACCAAUGAUGAUCACUUCAGCUAGAGCCUUUGAAGCGUUGAUUGCUAAACCAAAAGAGAAUACAAAAGGACAUCAUGGUAUCACCAAGGUGACGUGGGAUAACCCUGAAGAACUGGAGAGCUACAUCAAGAGACUGCAGGAAGCUGCCAAGAAGCUGACGUCCGAAAAUCGAAUGUUGCGCCAGUACCAUAAGAACAUCUGUGAGAAGGUCCAACAGUUGAUGCAUCUUGAUCUACUGCGCAAACAUCAACAGUGGAAAGAUUGUUACAUGGAUAUCAAACAUGUGCUAACAGCUGUUUCUAAUCAGGGUUACUCCUUUGAAUUGAUGGUUGGCUGGCGCCGACACUGGGACUACCAACUGUACAAAAGUCUGGAACACCAAUACCAGAGUGGUUUGGAGGCUCUAAACACGAAUAUUGCAGAAAUUAAAGUGGAACUUGUAUUCAGGCACCAGAAACUACAGUUUUCUCCAUCAUUUGAGCAAACCAAACAGAGGUACUCACGAGAAAUGAAGAAAUUCCUGAGCAUUCCAUACAACUUCCAAGGUGUGUCCGAUAAAAACCGUACUAUGAUAUUUCGAACGAUCGUUGACAGGAAUGUGCGUGGGUUUGUAACCUGCUACAGAAAUAUGGAUACCCUUUUUAAACAGCUCAAAUCAGUUUAUGAACAAUUUAAGGAUUGGGUUGCUCUUGGAACUAUUGACAUAAAUGAGCUUGCAGACCAAUGUCUCGUAGAUAUUACUGACUGGGAACGAAAUAUAAAGGCAUUGAAGAUUCGUAGCCGGAAUGCAGAUAAACUACCAAACCAGGUAAAAGUUGGCUGCAUCACUGUCAACACAUCUCCGGUGAAGAUUGUCAUUGAUGAACUCAUCCAACAGCUGUUUGAUGCCCUCGUCAACUGCCUCCAACGUAAGAUCAGUCUCGAUGUUAAGCACAUUGACACAUUCCUCACUGAAGCCAUUGAAAAACUGUCUACUCAACCUAAUACUCUGGAAGAAAUUACUGCUGCCAAUGCUUGCCACGUGGAAUAUGCUGAGAAGAAGAAAGAGAUCAAAGACUUGUUUGAAAAGGCUCAGGCGAAAAACAAAUUAUUGCGUUCCUUUGCCGGCCAAGAACUGGACAACGUCAUGAAGCUUGCUUCCCACUGGGACAGUUUUGAGCUUGUUUUGGACAGCCAUAAUUCUAUGAUUACUAAAAGAAUGGAUGUUAUGAGAAACAAUUUGGAAUCUGAUGUUGCAUCCUUCCACACUGCUGUUCAGAAAUUCGCUGAUAGAUGGGAACAAGCAGAGCAGAACCUAUCUUUUGAUGGGGACAUUUCACAAUGUGACCAGGAUCUUGAGAUUGUUAAAGAGAAGCUCGAGGAUUUUAAUAAGUUGUGUGAAACUGGUGAAAGUCUCAAGCAAGCCUGUGAUAAGUUUCAUCUUCCACCACCCGAUUCAAACCAGAUUACUGAACUAAGAGAUAAACUGGCCGGCUUUGAAGGCAUAGUUAUUGUCUACAAUGACUACAAGAAUGAACUGGAAGACUUAACAAAAGAAGAGUGGAUAUCCUUUGGAAAGAAACUGCAUUCCUUUGAAGAAUUUAUCAACAAAUGGUUUGAGAAGUUGCAAACUUUGACAGUCAAUACUUUGAUUGCACGUUUGGUAAACGACAUCGACAGAUACAGGAAUGUUUUGCCUAUACUGAAAUGGGUCAGAGGGGACCAAUUCACUGCCAGUCAUUGGGUAGAGAUAAACUCAUUGCUUCAAUUACCACCAAACACCAAACCAGAAAAACUUACUUUUGGCAUGAUUCUUGGUUCCAGUGAAAGCAUCAUCAAAAAUGUAGACACACUAAAAGAAUUGAACCGCCGUGCCCAAGGAGAAAUUAUCAUUCGAGAUGCCAUGCGAGAAAUUGAAAUGUGGGGUGUUGGAGCUGCAUUCUCCUUGACUGACUAUGAGGACACCAACAAACAGACAGUGAAGUUAAUUAAGGGCUGGAAAGAUAUUUUCAAUGAGGUUGGAGACCAACAGUGCUUAUUGCAAUCCCUUAAAGAUUCACCGUACUUCAAAAACUUUUUGGAUAAAGCCACAAUUUGGGAGAAACGCUUAGCAAGUUUGGACGAGUACUUGCAGAACCUUUAUCAAAUUCAGCACAAAUGGGUUUACUUAGAACCGAUAUUUGGUCGUGGUGCUUUACCUAAGGAACAGAACCGCUUCAAGAGAGUUGAUAGUGAUUUCAGAGCCAUUAUGACGGACAUACAGCGAGAUCGUCGUUAUGUUUCGCUUGCAAACCGAGUAGGACUUUGUGAUCAGUUAAAGACAAUGGUGGACCAACUGCAGAGAUGCCAGAAAGCACUCAAUGAAUUCUUAGAGGAAAAGAGGUCCUCAUUUCCCCGUUUUUAUUUCAUUGGGGACGAGGACCUGCUGGAGAUUCUUGGCCAGUCCACUAAGCCUGAUGUAAUCCAAACACACCUGAAGAAAUUGUUUGCUGGUAUUCAUACUGUCAAGUUUAAUGAUGACUGUAGCCAGAUUCUUGCCAUGAGGUCAUUGCAUGGGGAGGUGGUACCACUUCGUCAACAAGUUCUCAUCACCACUGAUGUUGAGUUGUGGAUGAACAGCCUGGCUACAGAAAUGAAAGAGACCUUGAAAGACUUACUGAAAGAAUGUCUGCAAGAAUCCCAGACAGGACAACCUGAUCCAAACAAUUUUCCUUCACAGAUUCUAUGUCUUGUGGGGCAGAUUCAAUUCACCCAGCAAUGUGAGAAUGCUAUCAAGCAAAACAACUUGAAUGGAUACCUCCAUGACGUCAAACAUAAGCUUGACGUUCUUACCAGGAAAAAUGUGAAAUGUGAAGACAUCCUUGAGCUGAAACUAAAAGCUCUCAUCCUUGAUAUGGUCCAUGGCAUAGAUGUGAUCCAACAGCUGAUGGCAGCAAAUGUCACUUCUGUUACAGAUUGGCAUUGGCAGAAGCAGCUCAGGUACUACACGAAGAAUACAAACCUCUGUAUCAUCAAGAUGGUAGACGCUGAGUUUAACUACACGUUUGAGUACCAAGGGAACAUCCAGAAACUGGUCCAUACUCCACUCACUGACAAGUGCUACUUGACCCUAACUCAAGGAAUGCAUAUGGGUCUUGGUGGUAACCCUUAUGGCCCUGCUGGAACUGGCAAAACAGAGUCUGUCAAAGCCCUCGGUGGACUUUUUGGUCGACAAGUUCUUGUAUUCAAUUGUGAUGAGAGUCUAGACGUGAAGUCGAUGGGGCGUAUCUUCAUUGGCCUUGUCAAAUGUGGUGCCUGGGGCUGUUUUGAUGAAUUCAAUCGACUGGAACCGCCAGUGCUGUCAGCUGUCUCCAUGCAAAUCCAAGUCAUCCAAGAUGCUAUCAAAAACAAAUCAAAACACAUGGAAUUACUCGGUAAAAAUAUUGAAAUUGACCAUAACUCUGGUAUCUUCAUAACAAUGAACCCUGCAGGUAAAGGUUAUGGAGGCCGGCAGAAACUACCGGACAAUCUGAAGCAGCUAUUUCGGCCAGUGGCCAUGUCCAAGCCCGACAACGAGCAAAUUGCUGAAGUCAUCCUCUUUUCGGAUGGUUUCAAAGAGGCCAAAAUGAUCGGACGAAAGCUGGUCACUAUCUUUAAUCUUUCCAAACAAUUGCUAACACCACAGCAGCACUAUGACUGGGGACUGAGAGCCAUGAAAACUGUUCUUCGAGGUUGUGCCAGUCUUUUGCAGAAAGCCAGAGACGAAGAUGUAACCAUCGAUGAAACAGUCGAAUCAAUGUUAGUGGUGCAGGCGCUGAGAUUCAACACUCUGUCGAAGCUCACCUUCUCUGACAGCAGCGUGUUUGACAGUCUGGUGCAAGACAUAUUCCCAGGGGUUAGCUUCAAGGACAUUCAAUUUGAGAAUGUCGCUCAGGCAUUCCGCGAGGUGUGUGAAGAACAGAACCUGACCAUUGAUGAAAGCCAGGUGAAGAAAGCCCUGGAACUCUAUGAACAGCUGAAACAAAGGAUGGGCAUCGUAAUUGUUGGACCAAGUGGUUCCGGCAAGUCCACUCUCUGGUCAGUUCUACGCCAAGCCUUAGCAAAGAUCGGUCAGACAGUAAAACAGUACACAAUGAAUCCAAAGGCCAUGCCAAGAACUCAGCUGCUUGGUCACAUCGAUAUGGAUACUCGUGAAUGGACUGAUGGAGUUCUUACAAACAGCGCCCGCCAAGUAGUCAAAGAACCUCUUGAUAUUCAUUCCUGGAUUAUAUGCGAUGGGGAUAUUGAUCCUGAAUGGAUUGAAUCCUUGAAUUCUGUACUGGACGACAACAGACUCUUGACCAUGCCGUCAGGGGAGCGGAUUCAAUUUGGACCGAAUGUGAACUUCAUAUUUGAGACCCAUGAUCUUGUCAAUGCGUCCCCUGCCACGAUAUCACGUAUGGGCAUGAUAUUUCUCAGUGAUGAGAACAUAAACAUGAAAGGCUUGGUGCAGUCAUGGCUGCAGAGUCAGGACGAACUGCAACAGCUGAAGCUCAAUACCUGGAUAGACGACUAUUUCUACAGCGCUCUUGACUGGGUCAUCAGGCAGAACGACUUGGUUGUGGAGACCAGCUUGGUUGGUAUUUUAAAAAAUGGCCUUUCACAUCUUGGCCAAGCUAAAAGCAAAGCGCACUUUGCUGUGUGUUUAAUUCGAGGACUAGGAGCCAACUUGAAUCCGAAAUCCAGAGCAGCUCUUGCACAAGAAGUGUUUUCAGUAAUUGGAGAAACUCCACCAGAUUCACAACACAUUCUGGAUACUUACUAUGAUGAGGAGACUGGACGACUAAAAACCUACUCACUACAAGAUGGUCUGAGAGAUGAACAUCUGGAUUUGAACAGCUUGGAACAAGGCUCACAACUGCCCAUAAUCAAGACAGUCCAUGUGCAAAGAAACCUCGAUUAUUUCUCAUUGUGGCUUCAGGACAAACACUACCAACCAUUUAUCCUUGUUGGACCAGAGGGUUGUGGUAAAAGUCUGUUACUACACCAUUGCUUUGAGCAGCUGCGAUCAGUCAGUGUUGCAACAGUGCACUGCAAUGCACAAACCACACCUUUGCACAUUUUGCAGAAGCUCGAUCAGAUGUGUCUAAUUGUUAGCACCAAUACCGGACGGAGAUACAGGCCUAAAGAAGGCGAGCGGCUCAUCUUGUACCUGAAGGGUAUCAACCUCCCACGACAUGACAAAUGGCAAACUUGCCAGUUAAUUGCUUUCCUGAGACAGAUAUUCACAUUUGGAGGAUUCUAUAACUCCAGCCUGGAGUGGGUCGGACUUGAAAGUGUUCAGAUCGUGGCUAGCAUGAAUGCUGGAACCUCACUUGGUCGGCAUAAAUUGUCAACUCGGUUUACAUCUAUUGUCAGGAUAUGUUCAAUAAGUUAUCCAGACCAUGAACAACUGAAAUCUGUUUACAUGGCAUAUCUGAGUUCAAUAUUACACCAAAGAUUACCAAGUCAUCCGAUCUGGAGUAAUCCAAGUAAGAUCCAUUCCCUGGCUGGAUCCAUGGUCCAACUUUAUGAACAACUUCAGGCGCAGUUCAGUGUCGAUGACUAUAGUCACUACCUCUUCACACCAUGCGACCUCACCCAAUGGAUUCUGAAUCUUCUGCGCUAUGACCUCCGUGACACGGCCAGCAGCAACUCUAGCGAACACAUUCUGGAAAUCUGGGCUUAUGAAGCGAGUCGCUUGUUCCGAGACCGGAUUGUUGGUCCGGAGAGCCGCAGCAGGUUUGACCAGAUCCUCAUGUCCAUUAUACAAGCUGAUUGGUCCGCCGAUGUCUUGGAUAAAUUACAAUCUUUUUAUCAUGUCACUUGGGGCAGCAGAUCAACAAACUCAAGUACAACUUCCCAGAAAAUGAAUGGCAAACCUCUUGGUCGGCUCUCAAGAGAUGAUCUGAAAUCUGUUAUUGAGAAAGGACUACGAGCAUUUUGUUAUGAAAACAAGAUAGACGACAUGUUGAUAUUCAAGGAAGUCAUUGAUCAUAUUGCUCGUGUUGACCGUGUCUUGACCAUGGCUGGAGGCUCCUUGUUGAUGGCCGGCAGCUCUGGUGUUGGCAGACGAUCUGCUGUCAGACUAGUAGCAUUCAUGCAUCAAAUGCAUGUUUUUAGUCCAAAGGUCUCCAGGUCUUACAGCAUCAAACAAUUCAAACUUGACUUAAAAGGGUUGUUCCAGCUGAGUGGUAUUGAAGACCAGCAUGUUCUUCUUCUCAUAGAAGACCACACCAUUUUUGACUCAGCUAUGUUGGAAUUGGUGAACAGCCUACUGUCUGCUGGAGAAAUCCCUGGACUCUACACUCCAGAAGAACUUGGACCUUUAUUGCAGCCUCUCAAAGACACAGCAUCAGAAAGUGGCUUCACUGGGUCUUUGUUUUCUUUCUUUGUCUCUCGUGUGAAGAGAAACCUUCAUGUUGCUUUGAUAAUGGACUUUAAGAACCAGACAUUUGCCAUCAACUGUGAAAGCAACCCAGCACUUUACAAGUACUGUGCAGUUCAAUGGAUGGAUUCUUGGAGUCGUGACAGCAUGGUCAGGAUUCCAGAAAUGUUACUGGCAGAAAAAUCCAAAGAAGCCAAUAAAGACACCCAGCGCAGCCAGCGUCACUCCCACUCUGGAAAGGAUCACCCCUUCAAGGCAUUCUUGCAGAUCCAUGAAGCAUGUCACGAGUUGAGUGCCACUCCAAGACGUUACAUUGCCUUCCUCAACACCUACUUGUCUGUCUAUCAGCAGAAGAAGGAGAAGGUUGCACAGCAGAUCCAGCACUUACAGGCUGGUGUGUCCAAGCUGAACGAGGCUAAGGAGUUAGUUGCUGAACUGAAGGCAAAAGCAGCCACUCAAAGCCAGCUUUUGGUUGAGAAGCAAUCCCAAGCAGAUGCUGCACUGAAAGAAAUCACUAAAAGUAUGGUGGAUGCUGGAGAUCAGAAAAACGAGAUGGUUAUUUUAAAGCAGAAGGCGACACAAGAAAACCAGAACCUUGAGUCACGCAAGAAGAAAAUCGAUGCUGAACUAGCUGAGAUUGAACCCCUCGUGAACGAAGCUAAAAAAGCUGUUGGCAGCAUUCAGAGUGAAGCAUUGUCUGAAAUCCGUUCAUUGCGAGCACCACCAAACACUAUUCGCUGCAUUCUUGAAGCAGUGCUCUGUAUUAUGGGAAUUUACGAUACAUCUUGGGUUAGUAUGAAAAGCUUUUUAGGGAAAAGAGGAGUGGAGAAAGACAUCCAAUCAUUCAACGCUCGUAGGAUCACUCCUGACAUCAGGAAUGUUGUAGAAGAACUUCUGAGGAAAAAUAAGGAUGCAUUUGAAGCAAAGAAUGCAAGGCGAGCAUCGGUUGCUGUAGAAUCCCUUGCUGUUUGGGUGAAAGCCAAUCUAAAGUUCUCUUAUGUUCUACAGAAAAUUGAGCCUUUAGAAGCAGAACAGGCACAACUGCAAAGGAAUCUGGAUGAUGUUGAAGACAGUAUAGUUCAGUUGAGCAGCAAACUGGACAGUGUGGACAGCAAAGUGGCCGAACUAAAAGGGAACUUUGAGCUCCUGACAAGGGAAGCUCUGGAGCUGAAACACAAACUAGAAAAGGAGAAUGAAACGAUACAGGCAGCUGAAACUCUGGUUACAAAACUGGAAGGUGAACAUCAACGUUGGAAUGAGCAAAUUUCAGAACUGAAGACCGAAUCUAAAGAGCUACCAAAACAUGCCCUCCUUUCAGCAGCAUGCAUCACCUACCUUCCCAGUACACCAGAGGACAUUCGACAAAAGAUGCUGAAAGAAUGGCUGGAUAUGGUUGGACUCCAACAAUUUUCUCUCCGUCGAUUCCUCAGCACUGAAAGUGAACAGUUACAGUGGAAGUCAGAAGGUUUACCCUCCGAUGAUCUCACCAUGGAGAAUGCCCUCAUGAUUCUCAAGACCUCUCUACCUGCCUUUCUCGUGGACCCAUCGUCUCGAGCAACUGAAUGGCUGAAAUCCCAUUUGAAGAACCAUCAAGUUGAAGUCAUAAAUCAACAGGACUCUAAUUUCCAGACUUCAUUAGAAUUGGCUGUGAGAUUUGGGAAGACCCUGAUUAUUCAAGAGAUUGAAGCAAUAGAACCCUUGCUGUACCCGCUACUCAGAAAAGAUCUCAUAUCACAAGGUCCUCGCUGUGUCGUGCAGAUUGGUGAGAAAAUCGUUCACUACAAUGAAGCCUUCAAAGUGUAUCUUGCCACCAGAAAUUCCAGUCUGCAAAUACCUCCAGAUGCAAGGUCCAUCAUGACUGAGGUGAACUUCACUACAACAGCAGCCGGACUCACCAGCCAGUUAUUGGCACAGACCAUCCAGCAUGAGAAACCACAACUGGAAGUUCGCAAGACACAACUAUUGCAGCAGGAAGAAGAGUUAAAAAUACAGCUGGCAAAACUUGAAGAAUCACUUCUUGAAGAACUGGCCAAUGCUAAAGGCAACAUCUUGGAGAAUAAGGAACUCUUGGCAUCACUGAACAAGAUGAAAGCCAGCAGUAACACAGUGACAGACUCACUUCAAGAGUCUGUACAAUUACAGACUGCUUUGGAUCAAGAAAGAAACACCUAUCUACCCCUUGCAGAGAAUGGCAGUCGACUGUAUUUUGUGAUAAAGGACUUAGUGAAGAUCAACAAUAUGUAUUGUUUCAGCUUAAGUUCAUUUCUACGUCUUUUCCAAAGAACUCUGCAGGCGAUCUACGAUGAAAGCACCAACAACACAGAGUCUCGCAUCAAACUUCUGCAGAAGCACCUGUUACACCUUGUCUACAAGUCAGUGUGUCGGUCAUUAUUUAAGGCCGACCAGCUCAUGUUUGCCCUUCACCUGGCUCAUAGAUGGAGACCUGACCAGUUCAAGGACAAUGAAUGGGAAUUACUCAGUGGAACUUAUGUGUCAGAUUUUAAGAUUUCUGCACAGGCUUUAGAACAAGAGUUACCUUCCUGGAUUGAGGACCGUGAAUGUGCCAUGCCUGUUGCUAUAUUGAAGUACAAUUUCUCUGAACUCUAUGGAAAGCUGAAUUUCCAAGACUCAAACCUCUGGACACCAUUUCUCCAUAGCAGAUGUUGUGAGCAAGAAUUUCCCAAAGCAGUCGAAAAUAACCUGAGCAAGUUCCAACGCCUUCUUGUAAUCCAUGCCGUGAGACCCGACCGUCUGCAGACCGCAAUGACACAGUUUGCUUGCUGGGUACUAGGACUGACGGAUUUGGCCCCACCAACCUUCAAUCUGAAGAAGUUGUUUGCUGAUGAGACCGUUGCUACAGAACCGAUCUUGAUUAUCAUAUCUCCUGGUGCUGAUCCUUCUCAUGAUCUACAAGAACUUGCUGCACAGACAAUUGGUUCUGACCGAUACUAUCAGGUUGCCAUGGGGCAGGGACAAGCUAAUGUGGCACUAGAAUUACUUAGGCAAGCAGCCCAUGAUGGAGACUGGUUAUGUUUGAAGAACCUUCAUCUUGUCACAUCUUGGCUCCCAGUCCUAGAAAAGGAAAUUAACAGCCUGAAACCAAACAAUGGCUUCCGUCUCUGGCUUACCACCGAAGUACAUCCACAUUUCCCCAGCGUCUUGCUCCAGUCUAGUCUUAAAAUCACCUACGAGUCACCUCCUGGGCUAAAGAAAUCUCUCCAACGAACAUACGAGGCCUGGUCAAGUGAGUACCUGCGGCAGGGCAGUGAAAAUCGAGCCAAUGCUUUGUUUGCUCUCGCUUGGUUCCACGCCGUCGUACAAGAAAGGAGGACUUACAUUCCACAGGGUUGGACCAAAUUCUAUGAAUUCAAUAGUUCUGACCUGAGAGCUGGGGCUGACAUUAUUGACAGACUCUUCCGACAAUCAGGUCAUAAUAUUCAAUGGCAGUGGAUCCAUGGCCUCUUUGAACAGGCCAUAUAUGGAGGUAGAGUAGACAACACCUUUGACAUAAGGGUGUUAGUCUCUUACCUGAAGACCUUCUUUGACAACCGGGUGUUGGGUGAACAUGUGAGUGACAGACGCAUUGGAAAUCUACAACUGCCAAAUUCCUGCCAGUACCGAGACUACAUUUCUCUGAUUGAUAAACUUCCUGACUACAACCAACCAUCUUUGUUUGGUCUUCCUGAGAAUAUUGAGCGGUCUUCUCAGAAGACCAUAAGUAACAAUGUUAUCGGUCAGCUGAGAAUCCUGAUGAGGUCUGACAUCAAAGGCAGUAAAUUUGAUAAGGAAGUCUGGUCUUCUGAACUGGGGCCCAUUCUCAAAUUGUGGAAGAAACUUAACCAGGGUCAGCAACUGAUUCAUAUGAAGGUGACCCCACCAAAACAGAAAGAUGGCAACACUUCCCCCUUGUUGGCCUUUAUUCAACUCGAAAAGUACAAUGCCAUCAAACUUAUCCAGUUUGUCCAUUUGUCUCUGGCCUCACUCAGCAAGGUUAUCCGUGGCUCCACUCUACUGACCGCUAGCGUCCAGCAACUUGCUGAGGCACUGCUCAAUCAAGAGACUCCAAUCAAAUGGUUGGACCUUUGGGAUGGCCCUGAAAACCCAGUGAAUUUCUUGCGAGGACUGGUCAGCAGAACUUCUGCAGUUCUUCAAUGGGUUGAAAUGGCAGAAAACAACACCAUCCUUGACCAGCAACUCGAUCUCUCCAACUUGUUCCAUCCGGGAACAUUCCUCGAUGCUUUCCGCCAGCAGACAGCACGAGCUGUAAAGUGUUCUAUGGACAAUCUGAGGUUCGUAUGUAACUGGCAGAACCCAUCCGCGGGGGCCUACGUCACCAUGCGUAUCGGUGGACUGCUUCUGGAGGGUUGUAUAUUUGAUGGCCGUAACCUGUCUGAUAAUCAACCAGAAUCUCCAACAGUGUGUGCCCUUCCUCCAUGUUACAUAUCUUGGAUUCCAAAGAAUGUUCCUGACAAAAGCAACACAGCCGAAUACAUCUCUCUACCUCUCUACUACAGUUCCCAGAGAGACAGGGUGGUCACCUAUUUGGAUCUACCGUGCACCUCAUCCGAUCCGAACCACUGGCUGCAGUGUGGGGCAGCAGUCUUUCUCUCAUCCAAUACCUAAUGAGGGAAGUGGGAAAGCGGGUAUGGAUGGUGGUGGGGGGGACUUGGAUGAAGUGAGAGAAAGAGUAAGAGAGAGAGAGAGAGAUAAGGAAGUGUAGACUGAGGAGAAGAAGAAAAUGAAGGAGAGAGAGGGAAAGAGAUGGAGUUAUUGUAAAAACAAAAAUGGACCUUAUCAACCGGAGAUUGUAUUUAGUAAUUUGAGAUGCUUAUUAAUUUGAUAGGGUUGUAGUAUAUAUCUAGGGAGAGUGUUGAGAUGGGGCUGCAGCUUUUGACGACUUUUCACAUAUAUUGCAGUAUACCACACUUCUAUAUAUUGCCAUAUCCAUCAAAAUACCUCAAUAUAACAUAGAUUAUACACAAUAUUAAUAUCUAUAUUAGGGCAGCGAGCUGGCAGAAUCGUUAGCACACUGGGCGAAAUGCUUAGCGGUAUUUCAUCUGCUGUUAUGUUCUGAGUUCAAAUUCUGCCAAGG